AUAGUAAAUUAAAGCACCUGGUUGUCACUAUUCAUUUAGCUCAGUUUGUAAAGGUAUCUUUCACGCAGAAACAUUGGUUUUUUUUAAAGAACAAACGAUAAUCUGUAUUAAAUGAACUGAUGUACGAUUUGAGAGACAAUUUUCUGAUGUUAACAAAUUGAAAUGGACCAGAAUAUGAAUGGAGACUACGUGUUGGAUGAAAAUGACACUUUAUUAUCUGCCAAUGAUACGUUUCUAAACGACAUUCCAACAGAAAACGUUUACAUUCUUCCAUGGUGGCAACAGACGUUAUGGAGUCUUGCUUUUGGAGGAAUGGUCCUGGUUGCUACUGGAGGCAACGUUAUCGUCAUCUGGAUCGUUUUGGCUCAAAGAAGAAUGAGAACUGUCACCAAUUACUUUUUAGUAAAUCUAAGUUUGGCAGAUACUAUGGUAUCGACGUUAAAUGUCAUCUUCAACUUUUCUUACAUGCUGAACGGCGACUGGCGUUUCGGUAGUGCAUAUUGCAAAAUAUUCAACUUCAUUUCUGUUCUGUCAGUAGCUGCCAGCGUAUUUACCCUAAUGGCAAUCUCUAUCGAUAGGUAUACGGCCAUCAUGCAUCCUUUGAAGCCCCGGAUGUCUAGGAAAACGACACUCAACAUCACUCUGUGGAUAUGGGUUGCAAGUAGUACAUUAUCUCUACCGAAUAUACUUUACUCCACAACAAUGAAGGAAGUUUACCCAAAUGGAGGGUAUCGGGUUAUAUGUUAUAUGAUCUGGCCUGAUGGACCGACCACUCAAAGCUACACUGAGUAUAUUUAUAACGUGGUUAUUCUGGUUCUGGCUUACAUUCUACCUAUUACCUCAAUGGCAUUUACCUACUUUCGAGUUGGCCAGGAGCUAUGGGGAAGUCAAAGUAUUGGCGAACGUACAGCAGGACAAAUAGAAGCUAUAAAGUCCAAAAGAAAGAUUGUGAAGAUGAUGAUGGUUGUAGUGUUCAUCUUUGCUGUAUGUUGGCUUCCUUACCACAUAUACUUUCUAUUGGCUCACGACCACAGGGAAAUUACAAACUACAAAAUCUUCCAACAUAUCUACCUUGGAAUCUACUGGUUAGCCAUGUCCAACUCGAUGUAUAACCCCAUUAUUUACUGCUGGAUGAACAACAGAUUCCGAGAAGGGUUCAAGAAUGUGUUUAUGCUGUGUUUUUGCCGACGACAUAAACAUGCUAUGAAACUCUACAAACAGCGACACCAAGUGGCUGCACGCAACAGCUUCGUAGAUCCAUACGCUUACAAUGGGGACAUUAAUCUUUCUUUGCACACCGUUACGCAGACGCUAAGUCGAAGAGAAAACGCCACCACUCCUUUUCUUCAGCCAACAUAUGGGUCAGAAGAACAAGACUUUGAACUGCUAACUAGGUUCAACAGCCGACGAAAGAAGAAGCAUAAUAAUAGCUUAGAGAAUGUUCAGUAG